UCAGGCAGAGCGCGCACGUUUUUCGUUCAACAAACUGUGUUUAACAAACAAAUGCGUAAAAAUGGAUGAUAAUAUAACAUUGAACGUAUGCAACAGACCAGUGCCAAAAGCAAAACAGGCGCUGCCACCGUCAAAGCCACAGAAGCAGCAAAAACGUGCUGGCGCCUCGUCUGGAUUCGACUUUCAAUUCAAUGUGGACAAGCCCAAAGUCAAGGCGCUCGUGGUGCGGCGUCGUGCUCCAGUUGCCAAAAAGCAGCCGACCGGCACCAUCACACCCACAGCCAAGGCCAACGGCUUAGUUUUAAGCGCUGAAAAGCCCAAGGAGGAUGCCGCCAAGAAACCGCUGACAGAGACGAAUGAACAAGUUGAUAUAAUGUUAAAUGUGCACACAGCUCCAGUCACUAACAGCGCCAAGGAGAAAGAGACAAAGAAGGCCCCUAAGGAGUCGCGUCCAGCGUCCAGGGAGCCGAUCUUCAAUGCCAGACAAGGCGCUGCCAUAGACAAGCAGCUGCUGAAGACGGCUCUGAAGGGCAAACAGCGUAAGGAGAAUCCCAACAAGCAGCCACGAGCUGGCGACCUGUUCAAGGCGCAGCUGGACGAGGAGCGCAGGCUGAAGCGCGCCGCAGAGGAGCAGUCCGAAGCGGAGGUAGCCGCAGCAGAGAAGCCAGCGGCGCCACCUACACAGACGAGCAACAAGUUCCGCACCAAGAAGAUCGGCCUCUUCGACCAGAGCGAUGUGGCAGCACUCAAGCAGCUGGGCCAGCGCGCCGUCAAGCCCGUCCGGGAGACUAUUUUCAGUGGCACCAAGGUGGAGAGCUUGGGCCUGCACCCGCACGCAGUGAAGAACCUGUCGGACCUGCUCAGCAUCAGCCAGCUGACGACAGUGCAGCAGAAGACCAUUCCCCAUGUGCUGGCCGGCAAGGAUGUGCUGGUGCGCUCGCAGACUGGCUCGGGCAAGACGCUGGCCUAUGCGCUGCCCCUGGUGGAGCGACUGCAGUCGCAGCUGCCUCGUAUAAAGCGCACCGACGGCGUCGUAGCGCUGGUCAUUGUGCCCACGCGCGAGCUGGCGCUGCAGACGUACGAGCUCUUCCAGAAGCUGGUUAAGCCAUUCACCUGGAUCGUGCCCGGCGCCCUGCUGGGCGGCGAGAGUCGCAAGAGCGAGAAGGCGCGGCUGCGCAAGGGCAUCAAUGUGCUGCUGGGCACCCCGGGUCGGCUGGUGGACCAUCUGCUGCACACGGCCUCCUUCAAGCUGUCCAAGCUGCAGUUCCUCGUGCUGGACGAGGCCGACCGCCUGCUCGAACUGGGCUACGAGCGCGAUGUGAAGCAGCUCGUGGAGGCCAUCGACAAGCAUCGCGCCGAGGAGCCACAGGAGCCGCCGGUGGCUCUGCAGCGUAUGCUGCUCAGCGCCACGCUGACCGCCCAGGUGCAGCAGCUGGCCGGCCUGACGCUCAAGGAUCCGCUCUACAUCGACAACAGCGACGAGGCAGCCGAUGCUGCGCUCAAGGGCGCCAAUGGCUACGACAAGGACACCAUUGAGGCGCAGCAGGAGGACGGCCUCGGCGAGUACAUGGAGGAUGUGACGGGCGUGCUCAGCAUACCCGAGAACCUGCAGCUCAGCUAUGUGGUGGUGCCGCCCAAGCUGCGCCUGGUUACCAUCUCGGCGCUGCUGGCCAAGGAGCUCGCCGCCAGUCCGAAGCAGUUCAAGGCCAUCGUCUUUAUGAGCACCACGGAAAUGGUGAACUUCCACCACGACGUGCUCAACGAGGCGCUCACACGUCGCGUCCUCGACGAGGACGACGAGCAGCAGGACAAAGAGGAGUCGGACGAGGACGAGGAUGACGAAACGCCUUUGCUCCAGGGGCUCCGCUUCUUCAAACUCAAUGGCUCCAUGACGCAAACGGAGCGCCAGGGCGUCUUCCGUGGCUUCCGCGACUGCGCCAGCUGCGUCCUGCUGGCCACCGACGUCGUUGGCCGCGGCAUCGAUGUGCCCGACAUCAAGCUGGUGGUGCAGUACACGCCGCCGCAGACCACGGCGGACUUUGUGCAUCGCGUGGGCCGCACGGCGCGUGCAGGACGUCGGGGACGCGCCGUCCUAUUCCUGGCGCCCAGCGAGGCGCAGUACGUGCGGCACCUGGAGAACAAGCGCAUCCGCAUCCAGCAGGGCGACAUGUACAGCUAUUUGCAGGCACUGUUGCCGCGCGACCCGGAGGCGCGCACCGUCCAGGAGGCGGCGUCCAAUUUGCAGCACAAGUUCCAGUCGCUGCUCGAGGAGGAUCGCGAGCUGCACGACAAGUCCUGCAAGGCCUUCGUCUCCUGGAUGAAGUUCUAUUCGACAUUUCCCAAGGAGCUGAAGCCCAUCUUCAACGUGCGCGUCGCACACAUGGGCCACUUUGCCAAGAGCUUCGCCCUCAAGGAGGCGCCCAGCAAGUUCGCCGGCCAGCAUGCCGCCCCCAAGGCGGCCCCGCCCACCAAUCGACUGACCUACACCGAACGCGAUCCCGAGAAGGUGCAGCAGGCGAAGCGGGAGAAGCGGCGCCUCUACACGACGACGGUCAGCGGGGAGGUGAGACAGACGCAGCAGCAGCAGCAGCAUGGCGCAGCGGACCGCAGGAAGCUGGCCGGCAAUGGCAGAAGCAGCUUCAUGAAGAGCCUCAACAAGUCGCGCGCCCUCACCAUAUCCGAGUUCGACAGCGGCUUGCCCGCCAUCGGAGAGCCCAAGCGGCGCAAGCAGGCGUAGGCCAAGGACUAGGCGGAAGACGGAUGACGGAAGAUGAAGGAUGGAACUGGAGCUGCAUUGGCUGCUCGAGUGUCGACCGGACGGCCCCCAUUUAUGCGCGCCAUUUUGUUCGGGAGCGCUGUUCAAGCGUUUAAUCGAAAAGUAAAUUGCCUGCAGUUGAGGCGCGCCGGCGGGACAGCGCCGUCUUAUGUACAUAGAUAAAAAAUUCCGGGCUAGCUGAGACGCCCAGCUCAUAAAAGUUUCAUUUUUCUCAACUUUUAAGCCCGGACGUCCUGCGGGAAAAGUUGCGUCAGCGCUGUUAGCAUAUUUAAGGCUCAUCUUUACAGUUAGUUUUCGCUUGAUGUUCGCUCCAUACAUAUAGAGUCUAUAUAUAAAUCGUUUUAUAAAUAUUUUUUUUCUUACUUUAUGUAAUAUGUUUUUAAAGGCAAAUAUUAGAAAUCCAUUUUCCGCUCACUGCAGACUCGUUCAGUUUUAAAAAUGUCAAUCUCUGCUGAGCGCAGGAGCGGGGUGGGGGCGGCACGUGUUGGCCGCCUUUUUGUGCAACUGAAGCGCGUAAUUUGUUGGACAAGCCAUAAAUAAAUAUGAAACAUAAACGCAUAAAAAAUCAAA